AUGUCCACCUCCGCCAACCCCGCGUUUGCAAGCCUGUCGCCUGCCGUCCAGGUCAACCUCCAUGUCUCCCUCAAGAUUGCCCAGACAAUGGGUAUGAUCGUGCCCCCGCUCUACCUGGUCGCCUGCCUCGCCCGCCACAGGCCCCUGACCGUCCGCGGCCUCAUGAAGACGUCCACCAACAGCACGGUCAUUGGCGGCAUUGUCGGUUAUGGUAUUGGCGCUGGCUAUCUCAGGAAUGAGCCCGAGGAGAAGCUCGUCGACCGAGUCGUCCGCCUUAAGCACAACGCGGGUCAAGUGCGUACGGACGACUAUUCAAUCAUUGGCGCCGCCGUGGGCGGCCUGCUCUCGCCAGCAAUCUUCCUCCACCGUGCCCCGAUGGUUCUCCUCGUGUCGGGCGGUGCCGGUAUCGGACUGGGCGCCGGAGUCUGGGUCCACCUCUUCCAGUCCCUUACCAAGGGCGAGGACAUCAAGCCCGAAGCGAUGGUGGAUGAGAUCACGAACAAUAAGCCCUAA